GGACAAUACAACUCAAAACUCAACUAUGCGAGACCUUAUAACAUGGGAGAGAGCUUCCUCUUGGCAGUCCGCAGACGUGAAAACCAAAUAGGGAGGGCCUGAGUUCAACGAAACGGAUUAAUAAAAAGAAUUCCGCGAUGGCCGAUGAAAAGACAUUUCGUGUGAUCAUCUGGGGUGUUCCUCGGUCAAUCUCAACAUGUCUUUUGAAGUGCCUUAGUUUCCUGCCAAAUACACAGGCCUGGUUCGAACCGUACUGCCUCGCCUUCUUUACCGACCUCUCAUGCAAGAAGAUGGGCUUCCCCUUGCCUCGAUAUGCCAAAGAUUUCAACGCAGAGGCAUUCUCUAAGGGUAUGGCAUCUGCACUUAAAGGAUCUAAAAUGGAAAAAGAGUUCGCCCCAGGGGAAACUGAUACAUCUCUCAUCAUACGAGACAGUGUUCGGAACCAGCUAGACUCAUUACCACCGGGUAAAUCGCAAGUUAUCAAGGACAUGGCAUACGCCGUCACAGGCUUCUACGACACGCUACCUUGCAAGGAGUCUAACUUCAAGCAUGUCUUCCUCAUCCGCAGACCAGAUUGCAUGUUUCCGUCGUGGCGCCGAUUGCUCAUGGUACAACUCAAAAACAUGACGAUGAUGCAGGGAGAGGAUCCGGGCGAUUCUUUCGAGGACGAGAACUUCGACAUGACGACUGACGUCCCGUUCAUGCUGCCUGGUUAUAUGUACAAGUGCCAGUUCGACCUGUGGAAACACGUCCGCGAGAACAUCGAUCCCAACCCAGUGAUCAUCGAUUCGGAUGAGUUAGCAAACCACCCGGCCGAGCUGUUACCUAAGCUGUGUGAGGCGACGGGCAUGCCCUAUGAUCCGAGUCUCCUUGAAUGGGAUAGUUCUCCUGACUGCUCCUUAGAUUGGCGAAGUCUCUACCCGCUCAAGAAGGAAGACGGUACACUGAGGGGCCCUUAUCAUAUGGCUCUAAACAGCACGUGUUUUAAUGCCCCAAGACCUCCGGUACCACGUGAUGAUAUGACCCCUGACAUGAUAAAAUGCGUUGAUGCAACCCAGGAUUAUUACAAUGAAAUGGCUGCCCAUAGGAUUAAACUAAACCCAUAGACGUAAUUAACUAUUUUAAGAGACCACACAUUUAAUUUUAUUUCAUACUCUUAGAUGUUCAUUUUUAUAUGUGGCCUACGGAAGCUGUCGAGGUGUCGAGACAAGUUACCUCGUCAAGUCGACAUACAAAAUGUUGUAUGUCAGCAUAGCGAGAUACGAUAUCUCGUCAUGUUGACACAUUUUCAUAAAAAGUAAAUGGAGAGAAUGAUAUAACUUUAUAUCCACAUUAUCCAGCCUUUCCAUAAGUUAAAUUGGCGAGAUAACGUAUCGCAUCAUGUUGACAUGAUAACGUUGUUUUGUCGACUUUCGUUGUCGAUGGACGAUGUACGUGUAUAGCUAUAGUCUCUGUGUGACUAAUUCUAGCAUGGACUCUAUCUAUAAUUAGUGAGUUUUCGCUCAGCAACGCGUUCAGCGACGCCCACGUAUGACAAGCCCAACUUUACAUUAAUUCCGUGUUUCUUGAUAUCAGCAAUAAUGAAUAAAUGUUUGGCCAGUCAUACGUCUGCGUCGCUGCAAGCACCGUAGGUCGAUGAACGGCCACGUCGUGUUUGAACGGCAACGUCGUAGGAGCAAAGCUGGUGAUAAUCAUACCAAUGAUUACACAACGACAAAAACGUGUUGAUGAUGAUGACUGAUGAUGGUGAUGAUUGGCGGCGGAAGCCAAAGAUUUUAGGGGGACCACCACACAAUUUUUUGACAAGCAAUAAAAAAGGGUUAUCAACCACAAAUUAUAGGGGGA